AUGCCACGGCGCCUCGCCUACUCCACUACCCGUUCCUCCUCCCUUCCACUGCGGCUGCCCGGAAAGAGCAUCGCCGUGAGCGACGAGGAGCGAAGGAUCUUCGAAUACCUUGUCGAUGUGGUCAAGGCCAGCAACCUCAACUCCGAGCUGCGCGUUGCGGGCGGUUGGGUGAGAGACAAGCAGGAGAAGGUGGACUUGGACAUCGCUCUCAACAACAUGAUGGGCCAGGAGUUUGCCCGCUGGAUCUCGCGAUACAACAAACACCACAACCUGCCCACAUCCAAGAUCGGCAUCGUGCGGAUCAACCCCGCCAAGUCCAAGCACCUGGAGACGGCAGUGGUCUCUAUCUUCGGGCACUCGGUGGACUUGGUCAACCUGCGCACGGAGAGCUACCGCCCAGGCAGCCGAAUACCGACUGCCGUGGGGUUGGGCAGUCCGAAGCAGGACAGCUCUCGGCGUGACUUCACGAUCAACGCGCUCUAUUACAACAUCAGGGAGGAUCGCAUCGAAGACUACACGGGCCACGGCCUGGCUGACCUCGAGGCCGGCCUGCUACGCACGCCAGACGAGCCCCUCGCCACCUUGCUCGACGACCCGCUGCGAGUGCUGCGCGGAGUGCGGUUCAAGGCCAUGCUGGCGUUCCGCUUCGUCCCGGAGCUGGCCGAGGCCAUGCAACGACCUGAAGUCCACGAAGCGCUGAGGGCAAAGGUGAGUCGACAGCGCGUGGGCCUGGAGCUCAACAAGAUGCUCCGCCUGGACACCGAGAAGGCGCUCGACGCGCUCGAGCAGAUCGCUGCGCUGGACCUCCACGACGUAAUCUUCCCUCUGCCGCCCUACCUGCCCAGCAGCGCGGGCCAGGACGUCGACGUUGUUGGCAGCAGCCCCCAAGGCCAGCCGCCGCAGCGACGGCCCCUGCAAGACGCCACCGGCGAGGAGGUCAUCGUCGGCUCCUGGUCCCCGGAUCUCAAGCAAACCGCGCUGCGUUGUCUGCGCGAGCACUUCAGGCUGGUCAACGAGGCGCCGAAGGGCACUGAGCUCGUACAAGCCCUGCCAUCCGUGUCGGGAGGCAUGCCAGUCGGGAAUGGCCUCGCGCUGGCAUCCGCGUUCCUCAUGCCCGCCCUGCUCAACAACAUCGGCGCCAGCGACAGCAGCAUGGCGCACGCAACCGGGGCGGGCGACGUCGAUGACGUGGAACCGAACGGCGGGCGCGGCGAAGACGAGCUGAGCUAUCUGGAAAAUAACAGGAUCAGGGGCCACACGGAGGCCGUCUUCAAGCUGGGCCUCGCCCUUUCGAGUGAGCAGGCCAGCUGCGUCGCUGGCGUGCUGAUCGCGACCAAGCGCCUGCUCCCGCUCAUCGAGAAACUUGCGGCCGAGGUGGAAUCGGGGAGCGAGUCUCUGCCGCGCGUUCUGCACAACAACCGAGUGGAGCUGGGCAACUGGAUGCGCAGCAUCGAGCAGACGACGGGAGGCCACGCUUGGGAAACGGCUGCGCGUCUGGCCUUUGUUGCCCGGACGCACCUGCUCGGCUUGCCGCCUUCGCCUGGCAUUGAUGACGGCAACGCGUUCGUGCAGGCCAUGAAGGACUCUGGCCUGGUAUCGUUGAGCGGAAUCCCGCCCCUGCUUUCGGGUCGUGAGAUCAUGGAGAUCUUGCAGGUGAAGCCAAGCCCGUUUGUCGGCGAGGUCAAGGCCAAGCUGAUCUCCUGGCAGUUGGCCAACCUCGACCAGUCGACCAAGGACGCUGCCAUCGCCUACGUCAAGACGCUCAAACCCUCUUCUUCUUCUUGA